AUGGUCUCCUUAAGAAAUACUGCUGUUUUAGCUGCUGCCACUUUAGCUACUUCUAACGCUGUUCAGACCCUUGCUGCUGAUGAUGAAAAGGCUUUAAUGUUAGAAUUAUCUGUCUACGUUAGAGAUAUUGCUAACAACAUGCAACAAUACUUAUCUUUCAGACAACAACAUCCAAAUGAACCAUACCCAGCUGUUUUAAACACUGUCGUUUUACAAGCUGCUGGUUCCUCUGAUGACAGUUGGACUACUGCUUUAACUGGUAUUGCUCCAGCUAUGGUCGAAAGAAUGUUGACCGGUGUCCCAUGGUACUCCUCUAGAAUUUACCCAGCUUUAACCUCCAAGUUCGCUCAAGCUGGUGUUGUUGUAGAAGGUAUUGAUGCUAGUGCUGUUGCUACUACCACUGCUUCUUCCACCUCUUCCGUUGCUACUUCUACCGCUGCUUCUACUUCUUCUUCCAAGGCUGCCUCUUCUUCCUCUAAGGCUGCUUCUUCUUCUUCCAAGGCUGCCUCUUCCUCUAAGGCUACCUCUUCAUCAGCUGCCACCACUACCUCUGCUUCUAAGGCCACCUCAUCUGCUUCCAAUGCCCAAGCUAUCUCACAAAUUGGUGACGGUCAAAUCCAAGCUACUCACACUGUUAGCCAACACACUAACGGUGGUGCUAAAGUUGUUGCAGGCUUAGGUGCUGGUGCCUUAGCUGCUGCUGCUUUAUUAAUCUAA